AUCUUAUGGACUUCGCAACGACAUUCUCAAAUUUCUGGAUUUCAUAGAAAGGUUAAAGAAUGAAGAAGAUCAAAUUCCUCUUGACAGGGAUGAAAUUGAAAAGCUGAAAUUGGAGCUGACGUUUAUGUCGAUGUUUCUGCAGCUUUGUUAUUCCAAUUUGGAUGGUUUUAAUGCCGAAAUGUCUCGCAAAGCACAAUAUGUGGAUGAUCUGUUUCAAUCAGUUUUCCAUCAGAUUGGAGAUGACUUACUGGUUAAGUAUGAUAUGGAUAAUGUCAUUCCUCGCGUCCUGGAAAAUAUCAAAAGUUGUAUAAGCUCACAACUUGAUUCUAAAUCAAGUGCCACCAUGACUGAGGAGCAGUUGUUUGAACUUUUUGACUCGCUCCUGGUGAAUCUCCGUGAUCUUCCCAAGUGUUGUGCUAAGUUGAUUUUCCCGUUGAUGACUCAAUACGAGGUAAUUCAGCAUGUGUGUGGCAAUAUUAGAUAUUUCCAUGGGUUGAAAGCAAAUGGUUUCAUUGAGCAAGAGAUAGUUGAAUAUGUCUUGCCCCAGUUUCAACUUAUGGCUGAGAGAGUAGGACGCUUCUGUUUUGUCCUUUUGGCUGAUCAACUUGAAGUCCCUCAAGUCAACUCCAUGCUGGCUCAUCUACUUGUGAAGAUUAUUCCUGUUAAACUGGAGGUUAUGUACAUAUGUUUUAAAAAUUUGAAAGCUUCAAAGGUAGCAGAAGUUGGACAUUUCAUUAAGCAGCUCCUUGAAGCCUCCCCGGACAUUUUAAGAGAAUAUCUGAUUCAUCUACAAGAGCACCUGGUUAAUGCUAUUAUUCCUAGCACUUCAACUCGAAACAUUCAUGUCAUGAUAGAGUUCCUAUUGAUUAUUCUUACUGAUGUGCCCAAUGAAUUUGUGCAUCAUGACAAAUUGUUUGAUCUGUUGGCACGUGUUGGAGCACUUACCAGGGAGGUGUCCGUCCUUGUUUGCAACUUAGAAGAGAAUAAAUCAAGGAGUGAAGUGAAUACUAGUGAAACAACCUAUGCAACUCUAGACUUGCCAGAAAACAUUGAACUCCUAAAGAGAGAUCUAAAACAUGUUUACUUGAAAGCCCCAGACCGAUUUGAACUUUGUUUCCCCAUGAGUGAUGGAUCACUCUUCAUGACAAUUCUACUCAUUAACUUGAAUGACUUGCUCAACUCCAAUGCUUACUCAGUUGCUUUAAUAAAGGAAGAAAUUAGACUGGUGAAAAAAGACCUAGAAUUCAUAGGAUCACUCUUCUGGAAUGUUGAGCAGCAAAAAAUGUAUAGAGAUCUCUGGACACGUGUUCUAGAUGUGGCAUAUGAGGCGCAACAUGCCAUUAAUUCAAUUCUUGUCAGAGAUCAUGGUCUCUUACAGCUUAUCUUCUUACUUCCUGAUACCGUAGAAAAGGUCAAGCUUAUCAAAAAAGAGGUAACAAAGAAAACCUCCGAGAAUUGGGGCGACGUUGUAAACUCUCCCGACAAGCCAGUUAAAAUUAGCGAGUCAUCAACAGCUGGUCAAAUAAUUAUAGGUUUUGAGGCGGAGACACAGUUGAUAAUUCGGCAACUCACCAGCGGACCAGCUAUGCUGGAUGUCAUUUCAAUCAUUGGCAUGCCAGGUUCUGGUAAAACUACUCUAGCACACAAAGUAUACCAGGAUGAAUCAGUUGCUAGUCAUUUCGACAUUCGUGCAUGGUGCACAGUCGGCAAAGAAUAUGACCGAAAAAAGAUGCUCCAGAAAAUUUAUAAUGUAGUCACUGGUUCGGAUGCAGGGUUCAGCAAGGAUUUUAACGUUGAUAAGCUCCGAAAAUGCCUGUUUGGAAAGAGAUACCUUAUCGUCUUGGAUGACAUGAGGAGUACUGAAAUGUGGGAUGAUCUUACAAGACCUUUUCCUGACGUUAGGAACAGAAGUAGAAUUGUUUUAACAAGUCAAACAAAGGAAAUAGCUUUGCAUGGAAAACUACAUAGUUAUCCUCUUUACCUUAGACUGCUAACAGUAGAAGAAAGUUGGGAGUUAAUAGAGAAGAGAGUGUUCGGGGAAGAAUGCUGCCCUGAUGAACUAAAGGAUGUUGGAAAAGAACUAGCCUUAAAGGGUGAAGGGCUUCCUUUGGUACUCGAGCGGAUCAGUAGAGUCCUUGCGAGGAGGGAAAAGGAAAAGGAUUCGUGGCUUGAAGUUCUACAUAAAUUCAAAUCUUUUAUUUUUGAGAAUGAAGAGGAUCUGAUGAAGGAGAUACAAUCAAGUUAUGACCAAUUACCAGAUCACUGGAAGUUGUGCUUGCUUUACCUUGCAAGCUAUCCAAAGGACAAAGAUUUUAAGAUCUCUGCAUUAGAAUAUAUAUGGUGUGCUGAAGGAGUAGUGAAGCAGAAUGGGCUGAAGAGUGUGGAAGAAGUAAUAAAAGGUUAUUUGGAUGGAUUAAUUUCCAGUAGCUUGGUAAAAGUGAGAGGUGUCAGGGACCCUACUUAUAGAAUUCAUGAUCUUGUGCAUGACUUUUGUUUGUUAGAAGCUAGAAAGCAAAAGUUGUUUGAUUUCAUAAGUUCAAGUGCUCCGACUUCUUCAGAUCUGACCCAGCAUGGAAUGACCAUUCUUUUGGAUGAAAAUUCUGUCAUAUUGAAUCCAGAAAAGAAAAAUCCUUAUGUUAAACACCUCCUCACUUUGAAGGUUUAUGAUGUACAAUAUGAGAAGCUCAAUCAUCUUCCCUGUAACUGUCACUUAAGGCACUUGAGGCUUCUUAAAAGGUUAGAGCUGCACAAAAUAAGACUGACAGAUUCUUUGCUGAAUGAAAUAGGCAUGCUUGUUCAUUUGAGGUGCUUAAAGAUUCAGACAACGGCAAAAGCUCUCCCUCCGUCAUUUUCAAACCUCUGGAAUUUAGAAACUCUGGUGGUGGUUAACCGGCGAUCAAGGAUGGUACUAUCACCUAGAAUUUGGAGUCUUACAAAGCUGCGACAUAUUAGCAUGGAUAAUUGUUCUCUCUCUGAUCCAUACAUUGAUGAACCAACAGUGUUAGCAGAGGACUGGAAGUUAGAGAAUUUGAGAAUAUUGUAUGGGCUCAACCUUUUCAGUUUGGAAGACACGGAGUAUAUUUUCAAAAGGUUUCCGAAUCUUCGAAGCCUUACAUUCAGUAUUAGAGAACCAUGGCCUUGUUCAGCAGAUCAGAUCUGUUUUCCAAGAAUGCAUUUCCUUAAUGAACUUGAAGAAGUUUCCGCAACUUUUUGUUGCGCUUGGCCCAGAAAACAUACACAUCAUCAUUGUGAUUUUCAUUUUUCUUCGAGAUUAGAAACAUUGAAGUUGACGAGGUUUAAUCUGACAUCUGACUCACUGUCAAGAAUUGGGAGCCUACCCAACCUUGAAAACCUGAGUCUCUUUGAAGGAAUCUUCCAGGGGGGUGUAUGGAACAUGGAUGAAGAAGGCGCCUUCCCGAAUCUCAAAUUCCUAGAAUUGGAUAGGGUGUCUUUUUCUAAAUGGGUGGGCGGAGAGGAAUCCUUUCCUGUGCUCGAGGAAUUACAAAUAAAAUUAUGUAAUCAGCUUAUUGAGAUCCCGCCUGCAUUUGGGGAUAUUUAUUCACUGAAGUUUAUCACACUGCAUGGUAGCCCUCAACUUGAAGAGUCAGCCCUCAAGAUUAAGCAAUAUGUUGAAGAAUUGACGGGAGUUGACGGGUUGGAGGUAAUUAUCUACUAGUGAGUUGGUGCGCGAAAUGGGGUCACCUUAGGUCCUUAUCUCCAGGCAAAUCUCUAGCGCAUAUAAAGGAAGGUUGGUCAGCAUAUCAACCUAUAGAAGCUUCAAAUGAUGGACCGAUCCUCAGACUGUUAUAUCUCUUCUUUCCAGCUGUUUCUUUUCCAUUUUUCUGUUCCCUUGUGGUUAUGCUCUAUUUUCCCAGUAGGACUUCUGUUCAAGUUUUCUUUGUUUUUUUUCUCUCCUUUUUUUUUUUCUUUUUUUUCUGGCGAGUGACCGUGCUUAUAGACAGCAGAAUUAUCCUAAAAGACAAGUAUCGUUUAUGU